AUGGAUAAUCUCCUUUCAUCAAAGAUUCAGGCAAAUCCAUGGACUACUAAACGAGUUAUUGCAGUCAUAAGCAUGCUGGGGUUAGUUGGAGUUAUUGCUGCUAUUGCAAUCUCUUCAAACUCUUCAGUCUCAAGUGUAUUUCUUAACUCCCCUCCGUGAGCGAACAAACAAAUCUUGUUCGCUCACAGAGUGGAGUUAAUUUUUUUUUUUUGAAAAAAAAAUUUAUAUGAAUUUUAAAGAAACAUUUUUUUUCGAAAUUUAAACCACUUCUCAAAAAUCGAUAGGCAAAUAUUAAUUUAAUUUGAAAAAAUUUUUAUGUUUAAAACAUAAUUUGCUUUAAAUUAAACAGAAUUAGAUUGAGAGUUCAUUAUACUAGUUAUCCAUUAUAUAUCAAAAUUUUUCCCAUAAAAAAUUUUCUAUUAAAAAAAUUUUUGUUCGCUCACAGAGGGUGGGUUUUUGGGCCAAAAAUAAGGAUUUUUCUAAUGGUUUUGUUCGCUCACGGAGGGGGGAGCAAGCAAAUAGAGCUUGAGGAAUCUGAGUUCCAAGACUUUCUCCAGACUUAUCACAAAAGUUAUCAAGGAGAAGAGUAUCUAAAACGAUUAAAUAUUUUUAGAGACAAUGCAGCUUUUAUAAGAGUCCAUAACUUGCAAAAUCAAGAUUGGGUACUUGGGAUCAACCAAUUUGCUGGACCAUAAAAACAUCAUAAAAUUAUAUUACUGUUACUUUUAUAGGAAAAAUGGGAGUUUUGACAGCCCCAAUUCGCUGAUAUAACAUUUCAAGAAUUCAAAGAAAAAUACCUGACUAGCAAGUUUCCUGAAAUAAAGCCUCAGGAAAUUAAAGAAAUUGAAAAUCCAGUUCAAGGGACCCCUGCAACAGUUGAUUGGAGAACCAAAGGAGCCGUUACUCCAGUAUUAGAUCAAGGAGUUUGUCUUGGAGGGUCAUAUGCAUUUGCUGCUAUAGGUGCAAUAGAAGGGAUUUGGAAUAUCACAGGAAAUCCUUUAGUCCCUCUUUCUGUUCAAGAAAUUAUUGAUUGUUCUGGGACAUAUGGCAAUCAUGGCUGCGAUUUUGGCAAUGUUUUAGGAGUCUAUGAGUAUGUUACUGACAAAGGAGUCACUUCUGAUGCCGUUUACCCAUUCACAGCUAAAACAGGCACUUGCAAUGGAGGAGAUGUGACUAAAAUAGUGGCAGAAAUCCAAGGAUACAGUGAAAUGACUAAUACUACCUCUGCAGCUUUAAUGACUACUGUUGCCCAGCAACCAGUUGGCCAAGCAUAAAUAGAAGCCCGACAGCCCUAUCCUCCCCACCUCUCAUCUCCCUACCCACUAACCCCACCCUAGUACAUACAGAAUUUUUGAAUGGUAGCAUUUUUAAUUCUAAUAAAUAAGAGAGCCAAUAGCGAAGCAUGUUGAAUUUAAUUUUAACAUCUUUUAAAACAUUAAUUCAGCCUACUUGAGAUUUAAAAUAGAUAGACUUAAAUAAAAAUUUCAGCAUAGUUAUGUAAUAUAAUAAGGAUUCCCCCCCCUCAUUUGUCCAAUUUUCUAGUCUUUUUUUUCUCACUCCCCCCUCCGUGAGUGAACAAAACCAUUAGAAAAAUCCCUAUUUUUUGCGCAAAAACCCACCCUCCGUGUGAGUGAACAAAAAUUGUUUUAAUAGAAAAAUUUUUUAUGGAAAAAAGUUUUGAUAUAUAAAUGAUAAUUAGUAUAAAUGAAAUAUAGAGCUAAUUCUGUUUAAUUUUGAACGAAUUGCUUUUUAAAACAUAAAUUUUGCAAAUUGAAUUAAUAUUUGCUUUCCAAUUUUUGCGAAUUAGGAUUUUUUUAAAUUUCGAAAAAAAAUAUUUUUUAUAAAAUUUAUAUAUAAAUUUUAUAAAAAAAAAAAUUAACCCCCCUCUCCGUGAGUGAACAAAAUUUUUUUGUUCACUCACACAGGGAGUAAGAAAUUUUUUUUUUCAGGACCUCAUUUGUCCCAUUUUCUAGUCUUUUUUGGAUUUUUUCGAAUGGUUUUUACUUUGAAAAAACUAGAAAAUGAGACAAUUGAGGUCCUGAAAAUUUUUUUUUUUCUAUCAAAAUUUUGACUAGAAAAUUGGACAAAUGAGGUCCUAAAAAAAUUUUUUUUUCAUAUAAAAAAAAACUAGAAAAAAUGGACAAAUGAUAAAAAACUAGAAAAUUGGACAAAUGAGGGGGGGAUCCAUACAUAAUCUACAUUUUUUUAUCCUAAAUUAAUAAUUUUAAAAGAUUUAUGCUGCUUAAAUACUUAAUUUUCGUAUAAAAUAAUAUAUCUUAUUUAAAUUUUACAAAAAAUUAUUUUUAUCACAAGAGUAUUAUUUGCUAAAAGAGAGAUAAAGUAUUCAAUAUAUUAGCAAGCAUGUUAUAAAUAACGCUAGAAUAGUUUAAAAUUGAAUAUACUACAAUAUCUCUUAUAUUCCUUAUUAUCAAGACGGUAGUUUAUUUUUGAAGAAGAGAGUAACGUUACGUUACGCUAUUAGCUGGUGUUUAAGGUGUUUAAGGUGUUUAAGGUGUUUAGUUCCGCACCCUUGAAAGAGGGCUAUAGUUAAACUAGUGACGUCACAGAGCCAUCUUGGAUUCACGAUGGACAGCCCAUCGCCCACGCAUUCUAUCAAAGUUUCGCUGCCAGUCUUCGCCACACGUCUCACCCAAAGAAGAGAGUAACAGUAAAUAAAAUAAUAUUCGAAUAAAGCAUUAUUAUCUAAUACAAUAUUAUUUUUAUUUAAUAAAAUUAAAAUUAUACAUCUCAUUCACUAUUCCUAUAUAUUUUCAAUGAUAUUCAUAUUCUAAAGCAAUUAAAUAUUAUAAUUCCAAUUUUAUUUGAAUUGAAGAGCUUUAAUACUCAUAUUUAUGCAAUUAGCCUAAUCAUAAAUUUAAAAUUUCUAGCAAUUAUGAUGGUUAAUGAGAGAAAUGCUGAAAAAAUUAACGUUAAAAUAACUUUAAAUAAAAUUUAAUGAUUUCCUUUCAUGGAUAAAAAAAGAUGCCUUUUUGGAUUUGAUGGCUAUUUACUCUAUGCUUCAUAGCCCUUUAAGUUUCAGUAAAAAAAUAAAUGACAUAAUGACUUUCUUUUCAUAAAGCCCAUAUGAAUUUUUUUAUUUAGAAUUCACAUAUCUAAAUUAAUUUUAUCAUGUUAGUUUAUUUAAAUUGAAGAAAUUCUGCACACUGGAAAUAUUUCUGCAGUCUAGCCAUGGUCCUGUUUUUUCUUUCUCAUUUUAUAGAUUAGAUUAGAAUAGAAUUAUAGCGGGUCGUCGGAGAUUAUUUCAGCCGCUACCCGUCUAACGGAUAGCUUCGCGUUUGGCGCUAAGCGCUAUCCUCACACCACCUUUUUCCCUGCUGACGUCACCAAAAAAUGGUGGAGUCAGAGGUCUGUCGGUGAGACACCCCUACCGGUCGGUCGAGCAAAAGGUUCCUUUAACCUCUGACAGGGCUCAGAGUAUGGGGAAAUCGCUUCCUGCCUUCUCCAUGGCCUGUCUGAGCCGUAUUGCAGGCUCUGGAAUGCUCCCAUGGAGUGGCAUUAGGACUUUGCGCCGAUAGGGACUUCUACAGGUAAGGAAAAAAGGUCAAGGUUAUCCCUUAGAUCAAAAAACCACCCCGGAGAACUAUCACCAUGUGGCUCUUCACUCCUGGCCUGAUCAACUCGCGGGUUAUCAGGAGUCCACAUCAGAUCUCGCCAUUUUAAUAAUUUCAUUUUAUGAAGAAAUAGGAUAUUGCCGUAUCUUUAGUAACAAUGAAACCCGUGUGUAUAAUUUAUAUAGUAGCAUGCUAUAAAUAUAUAUCUCUUUCUGAUUUGUAAGAGCCAAAAGAGUAUUUAAUUAGCUUGGCAUGUAUAUUAUUUCAUUAUUAGAAGUUAAAACUUAUAUAAAAGCAUAUAGGGCGAAGGUGUCUGGUUACUAUUUGGUCUGAUCAACCAGUUACUGUUGGAGUCCAAGCUGACCAAGCGACGUGGGUUUUUUACCAUGGAGGAAUAAUAACUAACAACUGUGGGACCAAACCAGAUCACAAUGUCCUGAUUGUUGGGUACAAUAGUGUCAAAAAGCCUAAUUACUGGAUCGUCAAGAACUCAUGGGGCAAAGAUUGGGGUGAAAGCGGUUAUAUGAGAAUCGCUAUGAAAGACGGGGCUGGAGUUUGUGGAAUCAAUUUAUAUACAUCUUUUCCAGAGGCUGAUAACUAA